AUGUCACCGUCUCAAGCUAUGAAACUUGAGAUUAUGAUGAAACAACAGGUGCAGGACGCAGUCCUUGCUCGGAGUGUACAGCUUUUAAGAGACAAUAAACUUGACUCGGACUGGCGCCUUGUUGGUUCUCUCGGUCAGCUCAAGACAUUUAAAAUCCGAGGGACGGAUUCGUUUUGCUCAACUUCUAACUGGGUUACGACAUCGGAGAGAAGCAGUCGAGUUAUGGCUGGUGUCCAUGACCGGAUCAGUACACAUUCGUGGACGAGACGCAGCCGAAGCUCUUAUCGUAUCUCCUCUCAUCGUACCAUGGCCGCAAGUAGUAGGCGUCACGACCCACUACCACUUAAGCCAAGCCCACCGCUCCAGUCCUUUCGCACGUUUGGCCACAUUCAAGGAAAUUAUCGCGACAUUGUCGGUGUGCACUACGCGACUAAUUCGAUUGACUUUGUCCAGCAGCAGAAACUCCUCUCGCCGGUUGUAAUUGAUGGCGCUGUCCUACACACAAUUCGCGCAACUAAAGACAGUUACUUGGGCAUCAAGUGGUUGGCUGUAAAUACCUUUGCAGGUAAGCGUGAUGUUUGCUAUGUUGAAAUGGUGGGCUACACGACCGAUGCCAAUGGACACGAGAUCGGCUUUGUAGCACUAGCGUCAGUGGAUGUACCAGAGUGUCCUGAGCUUACAAGUCCAAUCAAGUUAACACGUGUACGGAUGAAGCGUACGAUGCUAGUCGCCCCGGCAGCAGGUGCAGCAAAAACGACCUCGGAAGUCUUUGUCAUGGGUGCCAGCGAGACAAACGAGUCGUCAAUCGCCACUCUUGCGCAGUAUCGACUCAACAUGGCCGUCCUGAAUGAUUUCUCACUAGUGAUUGAUUCCCAGAACAUUGCGCAGCAAAAGUUAACUGCCCACAAGAAUUGGGUUCCGGAUAAAAAUCGUGCUUCAUGCAGCAUUUGCAGUCGUCGAUUUCGUUUCGUGUUUCGGCGACGACAUCACUGCCGUUUGUGUGGGGAUGUCGUUUGUAAGACUUGCUAUGUUAAUCGCGCUGUACCGGGCACAGGCGUGGAAGAUGGAAACAAUUGCAGGUCUCCAACUAUGAAUGCCAUUUGCCAGACAAAAUUUUGCGUACGAUGCGUGAUGAGCCUUCGUGUCAUGGAUAAGCGCGUUGGAAAGCUGAAUCAGCAAACAGCCGAGACGGAAUUGGUUCGUGCGGAAACUUCGGACGUGUCCGAGACCAAUGUUGAGCAGCAAUCACCUGUAAAUGUACGCGACUCCUCCGUCACGUACUUCAAACGCGGUACCAAGCAGAAAUACACACUGGAUCUGGAUCAGCUCUACACGAUGUCAGCUUCGCAAAACAUCAGCAGCCCUGAAAAGGACAACAGUGUUGAAGUUAGUGGCACCACUGCUCGAGCAAUAGUCGCAAGUUUGCUAGCUUCGCACGGUGGUGGUGGGCCAAAGUGUCUUCGGCCCUCACUAUCCAUCGACCCUGCUCAUUCAAACUCGUACACGAAGCUUUGCGCAUUGAGCCGCCACAGCUCCGCCACGAGUCUUGGGAGUAAGUCUCUCAUCGAAAGGAAUUCAAACUAUACCAGUUCAGUUGCAUGGUCGCAAUCUAGUUGCGAGAUGCGAUGA